UCACAAAAAAGUCACAUGCGUGAUUCACGUUGAAAGGAUUUAUGCUGCAACAGACAAUUUACAAGCAUGUUUGUACAAUUUGUUUAUCAACACAUGUAUUAAAUGGGUAUUUACAAUUACUCGUAUGUCAGUUAAAAUUGUGUAUAUUCUUUAUAUGCAUGCCGUACUAAAUCGAGGUAGAAAUUGCUUGUUGUGUUAUUGUAAUUCAUCGCUAACGUUAGCUAGCCAUGGAAGUAUCCGAACUUUUGAACUGUCAUAAUUAGUGUAAAUAUGCCACACGCACAAUCUCUACGUAGCCUUGAGAAGAUACUCUGCCAUUGUUUUGAUACUAGAUUGUGCUGUUGCCAAGUAAUAUAAUGGCAAUAGUCACCGUUUUGGUUAUGUUUCAGCCAACCCACCCGCCAGUCAAUUUCCUUCUAGCCCCCGGAUAGCGGCUGACACAGUCCCCCCAUUUUGUUAUUCUUCUCUCUUUUCUCUCACUCUUUCCCCCAGUGUCCAGGUACCUUCAACACCUCUAGAUGUCUGAUCCUCAGCCUUCUCCCUCCGCCCCCACCCUCUCCAUUCCUCCCAUCCACUCCUCUCCCACCCCAUCUGUUCUGCUCAACACCGGGGCCAGGAUGCCUCUCCUGGGGCUGGGUACCUACCGGCUCCGCGGCCCUGAUGAGAUCCUCCAGGCCGUCGACGCAGCGCUCUCCACCGGCUACCGCUCAUUUGACACGGCCUCUGUCUACCGGAACGAGGCUGACCUGGGUCGAGCACUGCGGCGACUCCUACCCGAACACGGCCUCUCCCGAGCGGACGUCUUCAUCACCAGCAAGCUGGGCCCCAAGGACCAGGCCUCCAGAGCCAGGGACGGAGCUCUGAGGAGUCUAGAACUGCUGGAUCUAGACUAUAUAGAUCUAUACUUGAUCCACUGGCCAGGGACCCAGGGUCUGGGGGUGGGAGACAAGAGGAACCCAGAGAAUAGAGCUCAGAGCUGGGCAGUGUUAGAGGAGCUCCACGCCCAGGGGAAGCUGAGGGCCAUAGGGGUGUCCAACUACACCCCAGGACAUAUGAAGGAGCUACUGGAGGCGUGUUGUGUCACUCCCGCUGUACUACAGGUAGAGUUCCAUCCCCGUCUGUCCCAGGGUGAGAUGAGGCAUCUGUGUGGGGAGAAGGGUGUCUGUUUCCAGGCUUACUCCUCCCUGGGGACUGGCUCUCUCCUCCAGGACCCUUUAGUGGUCCAGAUUGCACAGGGAUAUGGCCUGACCACUGCACAGGUGCUGCUCAGAUGGGCGGUACAGCAGGGUGUCCCCGUCCUACCCAAGUCAUCUCACCCCACCAGGGUAGCAGAGAACGGCCGCGUGUUUGACUUUGAGCUGACUGCUGAAGAUAUGGAGAGGCUGGGGGGGAUGGACUGUGGACAGAAAUACUGUUGGGACCCUUCACAGGUAGCCUGAGGUAGAAGGAUAACCCGGUGGAGGAGAUGGGGCCUGUAGCCCAAAGACUACUGGUUUGAAUGCCUUGACGUUAGCCUGAAGGUACAUACUCACUGACUGACUGGAUUGCUAUGAAGCAAACGUUGAUAAGAUGUCAAAGUAACGUAUCGACAGAACUUAAGUUUCCCACUGAGAUUCUUGAACUAAGAGUAUAUAUAUAUAUUUAUUUUUGUAACACUCAAAGACAUCUGAGGAAGUUUAUUGUACCAAGAUCAAUGCUAUUAUUUUUCAUGUGAUAUUUGUUACAAAUUAUUAAAAUCUGUAUUAAUUUGAUAGUUUCACUGUAAAUAUUGUCCUCAUAUCAAGUGACGAUUUUAUUUAAUAAGUUGGUGUGUAUAUACAUUUUAAUAAAAUGCAAAAAAAAAAAAAAAAAAAAG